CAAGCGGCCCUUCCGUCCUGCGCGCGGCGGCUUCCGGCGGCUUCGACCCGGCCAUGAGGCUGACGGCGGCGCUUGGCAUCUCCCAUGGGCGGCUGCGGCGGCGGAUCGGGCUCGGGCCGCGCUCGCGCCUCGACCUGCUGCGGAACCUCGUCACGAGCCUGGUGCGCCACGAGAGGAUCGAGACCACGCGCGCCCGUGCCGACGAGAUGCGCUUCUACGCCGAGCACCUGAUCGAGCACGCCAAGCGCGGCGACGCGGACCCGCAGGCCAUGCGCCUGGCCGACUUCUGGCUGACGGAGAAGGACCUGGUGCACAAGCUCUUCAAAGUGCUGGCGCCCCGCUUCGCGCCCCACCAGGGCGGCUACACGCGGAUGGUGCGGAUCCCCAAGAACGACAACCUGGACCGGGCCGAGAGGGCGGUGAUCGAGUACAAGGGCAAUCCGCUCCCGCCCCUGCCGCUGCCCCGCCGGGACGGCGACAAGACGCUGGUCAACCAGCUGCUGAAGGGCUACCGGGAGGAGCGGGGCACGGCCGUGUGAGGGAGGAUUGUUUGAAAAAAUAACAACCAUAGGAAGAAAGACAAAACAAAAAGAAAAAAUAAACCUGCCACUUGUCUCCAGCAAAUCACUGUAAGGAUACCAGUCUCUUAAAAUAUAACCAAAUACUUAAUUCCCUGCUUAACCCGUUGUCCAUUUCUAAAUUUCCCUAUUAGUCAGCAAAAUUCCAGUAAGAAUUACCAGAAAUAAAAACCAAAGUAUUAUAAGCUAUCUAUUACAUCCAAUUUGAAUCCAUUUUAAAACUCUAUGGUUUUGGAGAUUUAAAUCUCCAUUUCCAUCCCCCUAAUAAAUGCCCUCUAUUUCUGCUCUUUGAAUAGAUAGCCCUCAACUUACGCGCACAAAUGAUCCCAAAAUUUCUGUAGCUAAGUGAAACAUUUGUUAAGCGAGUUUUGCCCCACUUUAACUUUUCUUGCCACAGUUGUUAAGUGAAUCACUGCAAUUGGUAAAUUUGUGACAGUUGUGAAGUGAAACUAGUUUCCCAGUGACUUUGCUUGUCAGGUCUGCAACCAUCAUAAAUAUAAAUUGGUUGCCAAGCAUCUGUAUUUUGAUCAUGUGACCAUGGGGAUGCUGCAACAAUUAUUGUGAAAAACGUCAGUUUUUUCAGUGAUGUAACUUUGAAUAGUUGCUAAAUGAACUGUUGUAGAUCGACAACCUGUAGUUGAGGUCCAAUCCUAGUCAAAAAUUAAACCUCACUGUUUGAAAGUA